CUACCGCAAAUGAGAUGAAACAGACAACUAGGUCUCUCUCUCUCGUCUCGAUCGCUCUUCUUCGUGAUCUCCGAACGGCGACUUCGUCCACACGCCAUUUCCCUCGAUUCAUCCACCUUCAUCGAUCGAUCCCCAUUUCUUAAAUUUGAACCUCGCGCUGGGAGCGAAGGAGCAAGAGUUGAAGAAAGGGGACUCGUUCGCCAUGGGGAACGCUUCUUCCAUGCUCACGCAAUACGACAUCGAGGAAGUCCAAGAACACUGCAACUAUCUCUUUUCGCAGCAGGAGAUUGUCGCCCUCUACAAUCGCUUCUGCCAGCUCGAUCGCACUGCGAAGGGCUUCAUCUCUUCGGACGAGUUCCUCUCCAUUCCCGAGUUCUCCCUCAAUCCCCUCUCCCAAAGGCUGCUUAAGAUGGUUGAUGGGUUGAACUUCAAGGACUUUGUUGCCUUCUUGUCAGCGUUUAGCCCGCAAGCCACCCCCCAACAGAAGGUCGAACUCAUUUUUAAAGUGUAUGAUGUCGAUGGUAAAGGGAGAGUCACUUUCAAGGACUUGCUGGAGGUGCUUCGCGACUUGACGGGUUCAUUCAUGUCAGAGGAACAGAGAGAGAAAGUUUUAGGUCAGGUUUUGGAGGAGGCAGGAUAUUCAAGAGAAUCAUCACUUUAUUUGGAGGACUUCAUGAAGGUUCUCUCCAAAGCAGGUUUGAAAAUGGAGGUUGAAGUACCUGUCGAUUAAGUCGUAUAGCGGGGGCAAUAGGUUGGCUCAUUAUACACGUUACAUAAUUGCUGCAAUAAAAUGUAAUUAUGCUAUAUAUAUAUAUAUAUAUAUAUAUAUAUAUUCUUUUCCAUGGUUGGACUUGGCCUAGUGGUGCUCAUGUUCAAUGUUCUAUUGUAAAAGCAUCUUUUGAAAAAGUGCUUUGGUGCAAUUACCCUCAUGGGUAUUAUUAUUAGGGACCCUUUGCAGCAGUGGUAACCUUCCCUAUGAGCAACAAAAUGGGGCAUAGAAGGGAGUCAACUGCAAUUGAGGAGCCGACCAGAAUUAAGUAGGAGGGCUUGUUGAUGACUCUCCUUAUGAUCAAGUACAACACAAUUGACACUUCUCCACACUGAAUUGAUUAUGAUUUGUUAUUGUUUGCCCUCCUUUUUGGAUACCUUAUUGGGCAGUAUUUGUUAUGGCAUCUUGAAGCAGAACCACAAUUUACAAAGGUGAAAUGGUAGAUCCACCCACUAUUGUUUUCUUAUUUGUCAUAAUAAGAUUAAUUUAUAGUUCUGCGAA